AUGUCCGAGAAUACGAAUCCCCGUAAAAGACUCAUCAUUAAGUUGAGUUAUCCUCCUGGGUCAAGAAACACAGAUGAAAACAAGAGAAGGAAGAUCGAAGAUUCUGUACAACCAAUAGUAACAUGUUAUUGGGUUGAUUCAAGUUAUCGUACCAAAUCAUCAGCUUUGUCUCAACCAAAGAAUAAUGACAAUGUUGUUGAAGACAAGAAGAUGAUCAAGAACCAAGUUUCCAAAACAACACCAGAGGAUAAUGACAAUGUUGUUGAAGACAAGAAGAUGAUCAAGAACCAAGUUUCCAACACAGUUAUGCCUAAUAACACUGUUGUUGAAGACAAGAAGAUGAUCAAGAACCAAGUUUCCAACACAGUAAUGCCUAAUAACACUGUUGUUGAAGACAAGAAGAUGAUCAAGAACCAAGUUUUGAAAACAACAGCUUUGUCUCAACCAGAGGAUAAUGACAAUGUUGUUGAAGACAAGAAGAUGAUCAAGAACAAAGUUUUCAAAACAACAGCUUCGUCUCAACCAAAGAAUAAUGGCAAUGUUGUUGAAGACAAGAAGGUGAUCAAGAAUCAAGUUUCCAGCACAGUUAUGUCUAAUAACAUUGAUGUUGAAAACAAGAAGCAAGUUUCAAAAACAGAAAUAGCUUUUAACAGUCGGAAAGAAAGUUCAAGAGGUGAAGAGUGUGGGUUGAAGAAGAAACCGAUGGAGUGUGUUAAGAGGAGGCAAUGUUGGUUGAUAUUGAAGAGAAUGAUGGUAGAUAGAGAUGGGUGGGAUUUGAAAGAUCCUCCAAAAAUAGCAAUGGUUGAUAAGUCUGAGUCAAAGUCAAAGGCAAUUGGUUUGAAGGAUAUUGAGAGAAAAUUGAGGCUGUAUGCAACACCUGAUGAGUUUGCGAGUGACAUAAGGCUUGUGUUCUCAAAUGCAAUGCGCAUGUAUCCUCCAAGGAAUCAUAUCUACCGAAUUGCAAAAAAGUUCAGUGAGAAUUUCGAACUUAAAUGGAAGUCAUUGAAGGAUACGUGGAAACUUGAGGAUAGAGGAAGAAGCAAGACUCACAAGAGUAGAAUAUACUGA